ACUCAUUUCUAAAGACGGAAGACUCACUCACCCAGACGACAGUAGUUUUUACAUGUUGUAAAUAUCAAAUUAUCAAAUGAGAGUUUGCUUGUUUCUUAGAGUUGGUUUUAGAGGAUCGCCCCCUAUUUCUUUAAGCAAAUGAAACCAUGCGGUAGCAGAAUGCUGACCAAAGGUUUUUCUCUUGCCUCAUUCUGCACUUUGUGUCGGCUGGCCCGAGGAUUGACGGGGACAUUGUUUUCAAUCCGUCGGGCUCCCAGAAACACACAGUGAAAAAUGGACGACAAAUUGUGUCUGCUUCUGUUCCUGGCGCUGCUUCUCUGUCACAGAGGACGGACACAGUUAGAGACCUCAUGUCCACUCAAAUGCCAGUGUUUCACUUCAGUCCAAAUACUGUGUUCUGACGUGCGGAUGACCUCUUUACCCAGGAACACGUCCAGGCAGGUCAAGGACUUUAUAGUGAUCGAAUCCGCCAUCUCGUACCUGUUCUCCCGCACUUUAGAGGGAAGCCCCGAACUCACCAAACUGGUCUUCCUAAGUAAUGCACUGCAGAGUAUUCACGCUCAGGCUUUUGAGCAUCUGACUGAGCUGCAGGAGCUGGAAAUCAGCGGGAACCCUUUGCUGAAAAAUUUAUAUUUGGGGACAUUCUCAAAGCAGAGAAACCUGAAUAAACUGAUGCUUAACUUCAACAGGUUAAAGACUGUGCUUCCUGGCAUGUUUGACUCUCUUAAACAGCUCGAAACUCUUCAGAUGAAGGGCAACAUCAUAUCAGAUCUGCCCAUGUUCCUUUUCCUGAACCUCCAUAAUCUGCGCGUCCUGGAUUUGUCCCAAAAUAUGCUUGAUGAAGUAAAAAGGGAAACUUUUUCUGGUCUUUCAAGACUGGAAAUCCUGAGAAUGAACAGCAACCUCCUCAGCAAUCUGACAUCUGACAUGUUCCACAAUAUGUCGCAGCUGAUGGAGCUACACUUUGAGGGGAAUAAGAUAUCUGAACUCGCUGACAACAUCUUCUUUGUGUUAACUAAACUCAAGGUGCUGAACCUCCGUGGAAACCGCCUCACGGUUUUCAGUGAUAAAGUAUUUGGAUUUGAGGCAACAAAUUUGAAGGAACUGAAUCUACAAGGGAACAGAUUGACUGAGCUGUCCUCUCUAAGCAGUUUGACGUCUCUUUCUGACCUCAUCCUGUCCUCCAAUCAGCUCUCUCAACUUCCCGAGGACAUUUUUAGAAAUGUUACAGCCCUCGAGAAUCUUGAUCUGUCAGAAAACCAGCUCACUCUGCUGCCUGAGAUGAUCUUUCACAAUCUGCGUGGCAUCAGGGCAAUCCAUCUACACAAGAACCGCCUGAGCAAGGUGGCCAGCAAUCUGUUCCAGGACCAGUCUCUCCUUGAGCAGCUCUACCUUUCUGACAACCAACUGGAAACCCUCCCUCAGAGCUUUUUAGACCAUUUUCUCAUCCAGCACACAGUGAGACUGCACGGGAACCCCUGGAAAUGCGACUGCCACAUGUCGAAUCUGCACGACUGGGUGCUGACGAACAGCAGAGAUGUGGAGAUGCUGGACCGGAUGCUCUGCGCGAGCCCCGUCUAUUUGAGAAGGCGGCCGCUCGUCUCCGUCCACAAGGACCAGCUGGUGUGCCCGGUGUCUGAAGAGGCCGUGGCUGAUCUCAGGGGCUGUAGCCUCCGAGCCGCUGGUGACACUGUGACUAUCAGUUGUAAAGUGGAUAGAUGUUCUCCGUUGACAGUGAAGGUAAAGUUUCAGGAGGAGGACGGCAGCAUUGAGGAGCAUAUUUUGAAAAAUGAGCCUCAAUGUGGCAACGACACAAUGAUUGAGAUCCCUGUGCAGUAGUUUGUCUUCUUAUUCUGACUUUUGUUCAUUGUCAGGUAUUCAGGCUUUCUCCAUGCAGAGUCACACAAUAUGUUCAGUCAAUACUCUAAACAAAUGUCUGAAUCAGCACACAACACGUGUGCUGCUGAAUGAUAACAAGGGUGGAUGAACCCUCCUCUGGUAAAGUUCAAAGUUCAACUCACAUGCUUUUUAAGACUAUUGAAAAAAAGGGAACUUUUAUUGAGCAUCUGCUGUUGAAUCUCAGUAAACUGCGUCCUUGUUAAAGCCGAAAAUGAUUAGAACCACACGUACCGACAGCUUUGGAAUGUUCUGGAACAGCUGCCAAUGUGAAAAGUUCAAUAAAAUGUUUUGUUUGCUUCUUUAAAAGAUUUCUUUGAAAGUAAAACACAAAAGUUUGGACCUGUAGUCUGUUCUUAUAAUAUCACGAAGCUCAAUCCAUGGAUAAAUGCACACAGCCUUUAUUCAGGAACCGUCCUCUUAAACUCGUGAUCAGGACAUGCAUAACGUUGUGUGCAACUACACAGUCACUAGUGCUGCUAAAGUCCAUGUCAUUGACAGCAAGCCCACAGAAAGAGCCGUGGGCUUUCUACACAGUGGAAAACAGUGGCUGAAGACCAAAGGCUUACAUUGGGAACGACAUGUCUGUAAAUAAAGGAAAAAUAUAAUAUAAA